AUUCAUUCCGUUAUAAAAAUGCAUCUAAUUGUGGAAACACUUUUUACCGUUAUCCUAGUUCUUUACUAUUUAAUUGAAUCUAUAGUUUGGACGUUCUUACCAAACAGUUGGCGAUAUAAAGACGUCCAAAAUCAAACAGUUCUAAUUACUGGUGCCGGUAGUGGAUUGGGACGCCUUCUUGCUUUCAGAUUCGCAAAAUUGGGAUGUGCAACAGUACUGUGGGACAUUGAUUCUAAGGGAAAUGCAAAAACAGCAGCUGAAAUUAAACAACGAUACAAUAGUGAAUGCUUAACCUAUACAGUUGAUUUGAGUAGUAAAGAAUCUAUUUAUGAAACUGCAAAUAAAGUUAAAGAAGAUAUAGGAGAAAUAAAUAUUUUGAUAAACAAUGCUGGUAUAGUUACUGGUAAAAAGUUUAUGGAAUGCCAAGAUGCUCUUAUUGAAAAGACAUUCCAAGUGAAUACGUCAGCUCACUUCUGGACAACAAAAGCCUUCCUUCCAAGAAUGUUAAAGCUUAAUCACGGACAUAUUGUUAAUAUAGCCAGUGCCGCAGGAUUAACGGGAGUUACAGGAUUAGCUGACUAUUGCGCUUCAAAGUUCGCUGUCGUUGGCUUUACUGAGAGUUUAUCAAUGGAAUUAACUUCAUUAGAGAAAACAGGGGUGAAAACAACCGUUGUUUGUCCAUACUAUAUAGAUACUGGCAUGUUCAAAGGAGUUAAAACAAAAUUUCCGGAAAUAUUGCCGAUAGUAACUCCGGAACACGCUGUUGAUAGAAUGAUGGAUGGAAUUCUUUCCAACAAAAGUGAAGUUUGGAUUCCUAGAUCAUUAUACGUCCUACUAUCUGUAAAAGGGUAAGUAAUUUCUCUUUCUUAUCAUAAUAUUUAAGGUUUUCCUUAAAAUAUUCUCUGAAUGUUUGUUCAUGAUAAAUGUAAAUAUAUAUUUUUAUACUUUUCCUACAGACUAUUACCAACUAAAUGCCAAGCCUUGCUAAGUCAAUUUUUCGGUAUAAGUAACUGUAUGGACGAGUUUGUUGGUAGAGAAUAAUAAUCUUUAUAUGUUUAGUUGUUUUAAUAAUUGUUUUGUCAACAAAAUUUUGAGGUCUCUAACAAAUAAAGCAUUUCUGUUGAUUUAUAAAAAAGAAAUAAGGGACUAAAUUUAAAAUUCGCUUUGUCCUAUUUUCCUCUGGAAUUGACUACCAAUACAACCUUUUAACCUUUA